GAUCUUGUGUCACCCGCUACUGUAGAGGAUCAGAAUUAUUUAAAUAUAUUAACCUACAUUUUAGGAAUCGACUUUGUUUAUGUUGCGGUUAUUCCCUUAACUAACGGAACCCUACAGCUCUUUUUGAGUAUGUAACAAAAGUUUAAGGCAGUAUCAAAGUCCACAGUUAGCUCGGAGGCUGGGUCUGCAGCGCGGUGUCACUGUAAAUAAUGAGCCAUUGUUGACAGCCUGCACAUCAGACACACAGGUCAGGACUGUCAGUUCUGUUUGGAGCUCAGACACUGCAGAAAAUAGGCGGUGGGUAAAAUGUUGAGAAAAUACCUGAUCAACGUCGGAUUGCGAGUGAACCGACAACAACAUAAAGGGACUCAGAGAGAGACAGCAGGACUUAAUCCAGCGAGUUACGGGGAUAUUCACCACCGCGACACAUCCACCACCACGACCGUGAUGGGAACCAACAACAAACUGAAAACUAUGGACGAUUUAGGAGGACCAAGUUUUAUGACAACCUUAUACUGGCUUUUUGUAAAGGGGUACUUCCAAACGACGCAACAAAUGCAAAUCGAGCACAGCAAGAUCUACGGUCCUCUGUGGAAGUCGAAGUACGGCCCCCUGGUUGUUGUGAACGUGGCCAGCGCUGAGCUGAUUGAGCAGGUUUUGAGGCAGGAGGGCAGACACCCAGUUCGGACUGACAUGCCCCACUGGAGGACCUACAGAGAGCUCAGGAACCAGGCCCAUGGACCCCUUACAGAGAUGGGGGCCAAGUGGCAACGCAUCCGCAGCAUCCUGAACCCUCGAAUGUUGAAGCCCAAACACGUCUCAUCUUACGCUAACACUAUCAACGAGGUUGUAUCAGACUUCAUCAACAGAGUGGACUGGCUGAGGGAAACCAGCGGCCAGGGAGUUAUGGUCAAUGACUUGACUGGAGAACUCUACAAAUUUGCUUUUGAAGGUAUCUGUUCAGUGUUGUUUGAGACACGUAUGGGCUGCAUGAACGAGGUGGUGCCCGAGGAAACCCAAAAGUUCAUCCUCUCUGUGGGGGAAAUGUUUCGGCUCUCCCAAAUCAUCGUCCUCUUUCCCAAGGCCACCUGGCCCUACAUGCCUUUCUGGAAACGGUUUGUGGCAGCCUGGGAUCAUCUCUUUAAAGUUGCUGAAGAGUUGGUGCAGAAAAAAAUAGAGGACAUCCAGGAGAAGGUGCACCUGGACCAGAAUGUGGAAGGAGCGUACCUCACACACCUGCUACUCAGUGAUAAGAUGACAGUCACUGAGAUUCUGGGCAGCAUGACCGAACUCCUGCUGGCAGGAGUCGACACGACCUCCAACACUAUCUCAUGGUCCCUGUACCACUUGGCAAAAGAGCCAGAGAUCCAAGAACAAUUAUUCCAGGAAGUGAUAAGUGUUUGCCCUGGAGACAAGGUGCCAACGAGUGAUGACAUUUCUCAGAUGCCAUACUUGAAGGCUAUCAUCAGAGAGACACUACGGCUGUAUCCAGUGGUGCCAGGAAAUGCCCGAGUCACUGUUGAGAAUGAAAUUGUGGUGGGAGAUCACCUCUUCCCUAAACAGACGCUAUUUCACCUUUGCCACUACACUGUGUCCUAUGAUGAGAAUAUCUUUGCCGACCCCCACACUUUCCUGCCGCAGCGAUGGCUCCGAGGAGCAGAGGAGAAGUCCAAGCACCCGUUUGGGUCAGUGCCAUUCGGUUUUGGGAUCAGGGCAUGUCUGGGUCGACGGGUAGCUGAACUCGAGAUGUAUCUUCUCCUGUCCAGGUUGAUAAAGCACUAUGAGGUGAGGCCAGAUCCUGCUGGAACCACAGUGAAGCCAAUCACCAGAACCCUGCUUUGCCCUGCUAAACCAAUCAACCUGCAGUUUCUGGACCGAAGAGUCAAGCACAACGAACCAAGAGCAGCAGCAGGAGGAGUUUCUCUGUGAGCUGUUUUAGUAUUCACACGGUGUUGCCUGCCUGUCACCAAGCACUUGUUUAUACAGAGUUCACAUCAUGAGCACUGGGUGGAUGGAAUGCACCUAAACUGUGACAUAAAAUAGAAGUUCAUUGAAGUAGGUUGUACAGUACAGAAUAAAAUGCAGUGUGUAUAGAAUUAAGAGAAAUUAAGAAAUUAGUAUUCAUGUAAAUAUGAGUCAUUUAACCAACAAAAAACCCAUAAAGAGUGAGAGUUUUUGUUUUUAUUAAAUUCUUCUGCUGUUGCCUUGCAACAGGAAGUUUCCUGGGUGAUGUUUCUUUAGUUUCUCCAGCACAAAAAUACAUACAUUUUACUCCUACAAGAUAAGUCCAGUGUUAUUCUAUAUUGUCAGCAAAUCCCAUGAAAACCAAGAGCAUGUUAGUGCAACUCUCAGUACUUUCAGACUUCCCCAUUCUGUCUCUGGCACUCAGUCCCAAGCCCAUGGGCUUCUGAAAAUAUGAAUCUUGAGGUCCAAAACUGUAGUUUAAUUUUUUAAAAGACUCAGUAAUUUCUUAAAACAGCUAUCAAACUGGCAACUGCAGAUUAAUCCACAUCUGGUCCUCUAGAGCAGGAUGGUGUUUGUAGGACUGAGUCAAAAUAGACUACAAUGUGUAUUACAAAUAUUCAGAUCCCUAGUUUUGAGGAAACUAAAAUAAAAAAUAAAAUUAUUGGCAGUGAGAGUUGGAAUUUUAACUACAUUCAUGGUUUUUAUUCUUUAUUUUUAGUAAGGUUAAAACUUGCACAUACAGAAUGUGUUUUUAGGUUUUAACUAUGUUUAUAAUUGCGAUUUCUUUUAUAAUUAAAAUGUUAUUUGUACAGCUCAAUAUUUCAUGCAGUGUCUUAGUGGGUUUAAUAAAGUCCCAAUAACAACAUUUCUGUAACAACAGAAGCACUUUAAAGAAGUGUAACUCCUUACAGCCAUGUAAGUAAUACUGAACCUUUACCACAUCAUUCACACCUUUCUCCUGAUCUUUUUUCUAAUUAAGGCAGAGAAAAAAGUUCCAGUUCCAUCCAAAUUACUAUUUCUGAGUGUGUUUUCACAGUAAGUCAGACUGAAAUAGACAGAAAAAGUAAGCUGACUGAAAAACACCAAUUUUUUGCUUUUUUGCCUGCUCUUGAUUUACCCAUUUGUACGCACAAAGGAAAUGAAGAUACCACUUCCUGCCAUUUAAUUGACAGUGACACCAAAUAUUGAUUCAUUUCCUGUUAGAAUAAAAUGGUCAAGUAUGUUAAUAAGAUAUAUACUAACUGCAAAACAAUAUUCUAUGACAAAUAGUUUAUAGUACAUACUUUAAAUAUGGAAUUGGGACAAAGUAAACAGAAAAAAACAUAACAAUAAACAAACUUUAUUGUUGAAAGUACA